CAGUACGCAUGUAGUGCGUGACGCAGACUGUGACAAGCCAGCAAAAGGCAAAUUACGUUGUGCGCAUGCUCAUGUUAGAGUGCUAUAAGGAAAAGUGGUAAAGACAAAGGAAUAAACAACCCAAGGAAAGAGAAGAGAACACAAAUCAGAAGGAUAUUACCAGUCCAUACACAGCUACUCCGCAUUAAGACACAACAACAUCUGACUUGAAGAACUUUUGACUCGAGUUUUUGCUCCACGAGCCAAGCUUUCGCUUCCCUUUCAGUCCAUUCAGAGGACAGCUGAAACUGUCAUGUUAGUGUCUGUGAUAACCACCGACAUGGGAAGAACUGCAAUUCUAUGAGUCCUAAAGCAAAAGUUUGCAACAGACACAAAAUGGAGCCAUACCAAAGAAGAUAAACACAGUUGAAAGUUCACCGCCUGGCUCCAAGCUGUACCAUAUCAGUCCCUCUCUCCUGAUAACAUCAUCAGGUCUGAGUAGCCAGGGAGACCUGGCUUUCCAUUUUGCCAAGUGACUACCAUCCCCUCCCCUUGCCACACACCCUCAGGCAACUGAAAAGUUGUUGUGGAGAUGGUAGUGUUGGCAUAGCAGUGGAAAGGAAUGGGGAGUGCGCCAUGUUCUGGUAAGGGGAGGGGGGUAGGAGGUCUUCAGGAGCUGGGUUGUAUGCCAUGGAAGGUGAGCAAGCAGAAAGGGAAUGAAGAAGGUGCUGGCAGUAGGCCAGACAGGGAAGAAGGGACAGAUUCCGCCGUGCCCAUCACCCCUCCGCCACCUCCUGCCAUUUACCACGAGAAACAGCGGCGGGAGCUCUGUGCCCUUCACGCGCUCAACAACGUCUUCCAAGAUGGAGCGGCCUUCACCCGAGACGCGUUGCAGGAAAUCUACCAGAGACUCUCCCCCAGCACUUUGGUGACGCCACACAAAAAGAGCAUGCUGGGUAAUGGGAACUAUGACGUGAACGUCAUCAUGGCUGCCCUGCAGACUCGUGGCUUUGAGGCCGUGUGGUGGGAUAAGAGAAGGGAUGUUGGAAGCAUUUCUCUGCCCAACGUUACUGGCUUUAUACUGAAUGUGCCGUCAAACCUGCGCUGGGGUCCGUUACGGCUGCCACUGAAAAGGCAGCACUGGAUUGGAGUGCGGGAAGUUGGGGGUGUCUUCUACAACUUGGACUCCAAACUGCGGAGUCCUCAUGCCAUAGGAACAGCUGACGAUCUCAGGAAGUUCCUGCGUCACCAGCUUCGAGGGAAGAACUGUGAACUCCUUCUGGUGGUGCCAGAGGAGGUUGAGGUCCAUCAGACAUGGAGGUCUGAUGCCUCUUGAAUGUCUCUUACAGCUUUUUCGUCUCACUCCAGCAGUGGCUCAGGAGGGAAGGUUGGUCCAAUCAGGGAACCUUUUUCCUAGCAGUUAGGAUUUCCACUCCACCAAUCACAGAAGCACACUGGCCAGCCCCUUCUUCUGUUUACACGCCCACUGCUGGACUCAGGCCAAUCAGACGGGAGCAGUGAAGGUAAUGGACACACAGGGAUUUGCAAAUCACAUUCAAGAAUUCACAACACUAUACUUAUUGAUGACGAUUAUGUUUGGUGUUUGGAAUUACAGUAUGUGUAUGUAUAUAUAUAUAUAUAUAUAUAUAUAUAUAUAUAUAUAUAUAUAUAUAUAUAUAUAUAAAACUAUGGAGUAUUUUUCAAUGUUACUUUUGAUUUUCUAUGGUCUAAUUUGAAAGUGAGAAGUCUUUAUACAUCUGUACCACAUCGUUGUCCCUGUAGCCUUCUCCCUCUGCCUCUCUCUCUCGAUGCGUCAGCAUCUCUCCUCUCAGUUCUCAACCUCUUGUGUCACUGCUCACGGUAGGAUUUGUUUGCUAGGCAAACAAGACACUCUUUCUCGCCCCAAAAGACAGAGGAGUAAUUUCACUGAAGUGUUUUUAGCCUUGUUCCAGCUCAUCCACAACUGCUUGGAAAGAAACACCCAGAAUUGCCUGUGUAAAAACGUUAUCUUUCCAUAUGAAGUUAUAUAGUUACUGAUAAGAAGUACCCUGUGUAAUGCAGUAAAGCAUGAUGACGCCUUCAAUGGAUGUUAGAUUCACAUUAUGGGAGGUUCUGUUACAAUGAGAUUGUUACUCUAAAGCCUCCAGUGCAUGCAGAUCAGCUCUGUUGAUCCCUUACAACACUGUACUGAAUUCAAAAGUUGACCAGUAAGUUGUGUAGGCCCUUCAGGAAUACCGAUAUCUCUUGUUCACUUGCCAAAAAUGCCAUAUUUUUUUAAUUCAUGGAUGAGAACUUUAUGUUUUUACAAAAUGCAUACAAGUUAGCUUUGUCAAAAAUGUACUUUGGGUCAGUCAAUGUGAAAGUUCAAAACAGAGAUUGAAGUUGACAUUUGUUUUGUAAGUGGCAGCGUUUCUUGCCGAAAUAAGACUUGUCAUUGAGAAGGCUGAAGCAGUGAUGAUGAUGAUGAUGAUGGUGAGUUGUUUGCAGUGUUUGGUAUUUGCUGUUGUUUGGUAUUUGGCACUGGGUUAUCAAACAAGGAAUGGAACUGAUAUGGCCUCAAAUGGUGACCUAAAAUAUAUAACUCUACUUGAAGAGGAGUGGAAUACCGGCCCUUAAGUUCUCUCCUCCUCUUGACUAUAUGUAGUUUCUCAUUUAAAAGAAAUGCAAUAUCAUAUGUAGUAAUGAGAGCAUUCCACUCUAUGAGGUGGCUAAAUUGAAGUCCCAAAGAACCAUGAUUGGACAUCCGAGUUCAAAGGCUCAACAUUCCACACUACACAUACCAUGGUGCUUUGGGAAAAGGGUAGUAAUGUUUUUUUUUGUUUGUUUGUUUGAUUGAUUAUUUGCCAUGACAAUCUGUCACUGUUGCCCUUUUUUAUUUGGGGCGUUUGGUUAAAAUGUACUUGUGUGUAUGUUUUGUUUUUCGUUACGCAAAUAAAAUGCUUGUAUUGGCACUUUAA